GGAAGUGGCUGGGCGGAAGAAAGUAGGUAUGUCUGUCAGUUCACUACCUUCUCAACACAUGACACCGCCAGUAAAAACACGGCGUGGGGAAGAACAUCUUGCAACUGGUGGUGAUGGUGAUAGCGAUGGCGAUGGUCUGGGCCCAGCAUGGCAGUUCUGGCACAGGAGGCGAUAUGUGGUUGCAUUGCUUGCCUUUCUUGGCUUCUUCAAUGUGUAUGCUCUUCGUGUUAACUUCAGUGUUGCCAUUGUUUCGAUGACAGCUAACAGGAACAUAACAAUGAACAAUGGCACCACCAUUAUCACCAGGGAUUUUGACUGGGAUUCCAAAAUGAAGGGUCUGCUCCUCAGUUCAUUCUUCUAUGGCUACAUUAUAACACAAAUUCCAGGUGGAUGGCUGGCUGCUCGGGUUGGAGGUAGUAGGGUGUAUGGUAUAGGAAUAGCUGUUACAGCAUUCCUCACUUUGCUGACACCUUCUCUCACUAAUGUCAGUGUCUAUCUGCUGUUGACUAUCAGAAUAGUGGAAGGACUCUUUGAGGGUGUUACAUAUCCUUGUAUCCAUGCAGUAUGGGCAAGAUGGGCACCACCACUAGAACGCAGUCGACUGGCUACACUGGCAUUCUCUGGAAGUUACAUAGGCACAGUGGUGUCCCUACCAGUCUCAGGAUACUUAGCAGAACAUUUUGGGUGGCCUUCUGUCUUCUACGUGUUUGGAGUGGUUGGUCUGAUUUGGUUUUCCAUCUGGUGCAUUGUUGUGAAGAGUGGACCUGAAGAGGACCCCAAAAUCUCUCCUCAAGAAUUAAAAUAUAUUCAAGAUUCAAUGGGUAACAUUUUAUCUAAGGAUGUAGUGCACCCAUGGGGCAAGUUCCUGACAUCACCUCCUGUGUGGUCCAUUGUGAUGGCACACUUCAGUGAGAACUGGGGCUUCUAUACACUUCUUACUCAAUUGCCAACCUUCAUGAAAGAUACUCUGAAAUUUGAGCUGGAGAAGACUGGUGUCAUGUCUGCAUUGCCAUACUUGGUAAUGGCGAUAGUGCUGCAAUUUGCAGGUCAUCUGGCAGACUGGUUACACUCUAAGGGAAUUCUCACCAUCACUCAGGUGAGGAAGCUGUUCAACUGUGGAGCGUUUAUCAGUCAGAUGGUGUUUGCAGGGGUUGUCACCUGUCUCACCAUUGCUGUAGGACUGGGAGCCUUUGCUUGGUCUGGAUUCAGUGUAAACCAUCUUGACAUAGCCCCACAACAUGCCAGUGUGCUGAUGGGGCUGUCCAAUACUGUGGCCACAUUGCCUGGCAUCAUCAGCCCAACCAUCACAGGUUAUAUUGUUCAACAUAAGGAAGCAUCAGAGUGGCAGACUGUGUUCUACAUAUCAAGUGCCAUCUACCUUGUGGGUGCAAUAAUCUAUGGUGUGUUUGCUUCAGGAGAACGACAGAGCUGGGCUAAGGACAAACCUCAAAAUUCAGAAAGAGUGAAAAGUGAACACUGUUAUUCCAACAGCGCUGUGGAACUUGAUUCUUUGUGACAGAUUCAUAUGAGUCAAUGGGGAAAAGCUGCACUCUUUUUGGAUACAUUCUGCAAAUUACUUAACAGUAUAUAUUAACAGGCUUAAAAUGGUAAUACAGACUUGGGUUGGUGUGUCAAGACUCUGGAAUCCUUGAGGUACAGAAACAGCUAAGUUCCAAUUGUGAUAUAAAGUGGUAACAUAAUUGCAUACAGAAAAGUGUAAAAUUAUUCCACACUACUAAAACUCAGUGGGUAUAUAAGGGCCUCUAAAUAGAACAUCCAAUGAUAUAUACUACAUCUAUCUUCGUCACUAAGGAGGUUAUCUAAUAAAAUUUCCAUCUUAUUUUAUAUUA